AUGGCGAAACCGUUCAAUUUCUUAACGCUGUUGGAUGACAUUCAAUGCCAUCUUGUGAAUAAGCAAUUGGAUGAAGCAAACGAGCUCAUUCAUUUAAUCCAUUCCAAAUCUACUAUUGAAGAUGUAGCGACUCCUCUUUUAAUUAUCUCGAAAGCGAUUCAAAUCGCUGAAAGUCAAAGUCAGCUAUUAAGUACGAAUGUUCUAUAUCGAUUGGUUCGCUUUGCUCGUGAGAUUGCUGUUUUUUCCACUAAUCGCCAUAAUCUUAAUACCGAUCAGGGAGAUACUAAGAAUAUUAUGAACGCUGUUAAUACCCUAAUUGAUACAAUUCAUAAAUUUUUCAAACAUUUAGUUAAGCCUAAUUAUUCUUGUACAGUCGAUGCUUCGCCAUAUUUAAUCUUUGCUGAGCUUGAUAUUAUUUACCAUUUGAUACAAGAUGCUAUCGAUAGUAAAGCUGGCGAUAACAAUCCAUUUAAUAUUCGCGACUUAUAUCAUAAGGCCUUUAAAAUUGUACAAGAAGGGCUUAAAGUUGGUUGUAAACCAUUAGAAAUGCUAGCGAGUGAGCUAAACACUAUCCUUUGGAACCAUCAAUCUUAUAAAAUCUAUUAUAUUGGUAUGGACAUUAUGUGUCAGAUAGCUUGCUGUAAUCAAUGUAGCGAUUAUCAGCGACAAAUUGCUUAUUGUGGAUUAGAAGUCAACAACGAUAGUGGCUCUGCAACCAUAAUUCGAGCUUUCAGUUAUUUCUGGGAGAAAUUUUCGGAAUCUGACAAUAUGCUGAAAACAUCAAGUCUUCAAUCCAACAUUAUUAUUCAAAAAUGGUUAAAUGACACUAUAAGCCUCCUACAAUCCCCAGAGCUACCUUUGACUGUACAAGAAAAGAUUAAAUUAGAUAUAUGUCGAGCUGCUGAUUGCGAUUAUCCUUAUAUCGGUUACUUGUUGCACCAUUAUAGGAAACAAAUUAAGCCAUUUUUAAGAGAAAAUGUGCCGAUAAAAUUAGAAAAAUUGCUAUCAGCUGAAGAAAUUGAAAACAUCCAACUGUCAAAAUUUGAAAUAAAUUCAUCUCAAUCGCUACUCCCUGUUAUUACUAAUUUACCAAUAUGCGAAGAUUUAUUACCGCGCGACCACUACAUUCAUGAAUUACACGAAAAUCUUAAGCGUAAGCAUCAAUGCCAAAUCACUCAGGCAUCAACCAUUGGAAUGGGUGGCGUUGGAAAAUCAUCUGUAGCUAUACUCUACGCUCAACAAUAUCAAGAAAAUUAUGAUUUAAUUCGAUGGUUUCAUGCUGAAACUGAAAUAUCAUUGCAAUAUGGCAUGGUCAUACUUGCAAAAGACAUUGUCGACAAAGGAAAGAAUAUCGAUCCGAUUAGAUAUGAAAAAAUCGCAAGGGUUCGAUAUUGGUUCAAUGAAUAUUCAAAGCAGCAUCCAGAAAUCUUUAAAACCUCUGACGAUGGAAAAAUGAUCACAGUUGCGUCUGAAUCCUACAAUGACAAAGGAGGAAUCAUUGAAAAACUUGUUACUGCAACCAUGGAAUUUAUAGUCAGUUAUUGCCGCUACUUACUUAUCUACGAUAAUGCCGAUAGUAAAGACAAGGUGCAACGAUACUUACCUAAAAAAACAGGUAAUGGCCAUGUUGUAAUUACAUCAAGGCAUAGAGAAUGGACUGAUGAUAUCGACUACGUUGAAGUGGAGGUCUUUAACCGUGAAGAAUCUACCGCUUAUUUAUUACAGCGUACUAAAUCAGAUGACAAAGAAGCAGCGAAUGCAAUAUCCGAAUUGGUUGGUGAUUUGCCUCUAGCGUUAGCGCAAGUAGCCGCAUGUAUCCGACGGACCGGUCUUAAACUCACAGGUUAUCUAAGCAAAUUGAAAAAUGAAGAACAAAACCUUUGGAAGGGAAAAUUUGGCCCAUCAUACUAUCGAAAAUACAUUGAAACUUCAACUGGACAAGUCAAGUUAAGUGAGCCUUUGACACAUAUCACUACGUGGACAUUAACUUUGUCACAGUUGUUAGAGCAACACCCUAUUGUUGAGCAUAUUAUGAUUUUAAUUGGCUAUAUUGCGGCUGAUAAUAUUGCAGAUUCUUUUCUGUAUGAGUUUUGCCAACAGCAAGAUCCUAAUAUUACAAAGAGCGAUUUCGAUGAAGGAAUUUUAGCACUGAUUGAUUACAAUAUCUUACAUAUAUCGGAUGAUUCAGGUGAAUGUUAUGACACUCAUCGAAUAAUUCAAUAUGCCAUACAAGACUACAUACUAAAAACUGUAUCUGCUAAAGUUGGUCAUACGUCAGAAGACUUAACAUAUCCUGAAGAUAUUGUCUUAUCCCGAAUCUUGACCUACCUGACAGGUGUCAUUAGUGUUGAAAAUUAUCAAGACAACGUUGAUAUUGAUAAAAAUAAGCAUUUAAUUAUGGCAGUCGGCCAUACAGAUCAAUUUCGAAAGCAUGUGAAAACAAGUCAACUUUUGCAAUAUCAACUUCCUUACUUAGAAGAGCAGAUGUUAAAUUUAAUCUCCAAAUUUAGCGUGGUUGAUAAAGUGGAGCACAUCACAUUGGAAUCUCUAAUGCAAAUAGAAGGCUUUCAAAAAUGCAAGAUUGAUAAUUGA